GAAAGCAGAUCGAGCGAGAAGAGUAAGGGAGCCAAGAAUGAAGAAGAAAAGGGAAAGGAAGCUCCUUCCAAAGACCUGGCCCAGAAACGAGAUACAAAAGUGGGGAAAGACUCCAAAAAGGAAGAAAGUCUUCAGAAAACAGACCCAAAAGUUAAAGCUGAGGCUGAGACCAAGACCAAAGAGGAGAAGGCUAUCAAUGAUAAAGUCAAGGCCAUGGAGAAAAAGUUGAUGGGGAAGGACAAAAAGGAUGAAGAGAAGGGCCCAACAUUGAAGAAGGAUGCAGGGAAGGAUAAAAAGGAGGAAGAAAAGGGCUCAGUGUUAAAGAAGGAUGCAGGGAAGGAUAAAAAGGAGGAAGAAAAGGGCUCAGUGUUAAAGAAGGAUGCAGGGAAGGAUAAAAAGGAGGAAGAAAAGGGCUCAGUGUUAAAGAAGGAUGCAGGGAAGGAUAAAAAGGAGGAAGAAAAGGGCUCAAAGGGCACAGGGAAGGACAAAAAGGAGGAAGAGAAGAGUUCAGGAUCAAAGAAAGAGGCAGAAAAAGACACAAAGGGAGAAGAUAAGAAAGAAAAAGAUAAAAAAGAAGAGGAAAAUAGUUCAGCUUUGAAAAAAACAAAGGCAGACGGGAAGGAGAAAUCCCAGCCAGAGGCAGAAAAGGCAGCAGAGGAGAAACAGGAGGCCAAGGCAGUGGCUGAGAGCAGCCCCUCCAAGCCCAUCACCGGCAGCUCCCCAGAUCAGGCCAAGGAUGACGAAGCAUCCAGCAUUUUCGAUGAGCUCAUCGAGAAAGUGAAGAACAAUGACGCUGAUGUCACCGAAGUGAACGUGAACAACUCGGACUGCAUCAACAACGAGACCCUGGUGCGCUUCACCGAGGCCCUGGAGUUCAACACUGUGGUCAAGCUGUUCGCCUUGGCCAACACCCGUGCCGAUGACCACGUGGCCUUUGCCAUCGCCAUCAUGCUGAAGUCCAACAAGGUGCUGACGAGCAUCAACCUGGAUUCCAACCACAUCACGGGCAAGGGCAUCCUGGCCAUUUUCCGAGCGCUGCUGCAGAACAACACGCUGACGGAGCUGCGUUUCCACAACCAGCGGCACAUCUGCGGGGGGAAGACGGAGAUGGAGAUCGCCAAGCUCCUGAAGGAAAACACCACGCUCCUGAAGCUGGGCUACCACUUUGAGCUGGCCGGACCACGCAUGACCGUGACCAACCUGCUGAGCCGAAACAUGGACAAACAGAGGCAGAAACGCCUCCAGGAGCAGAAACUGGCACAGGAGCGUGGGGAGAAGAAAGACCUCCUGGAGGUGCCCAAGCCCGGAGCCUUGCCAAAGGGGUCCCCCAAGCCAUCCCCGCAGCCGUCCCCCAAGGCUUCCCCCAAAAGCUCUCCCAAGAAAGGGGGGGCGCCCGCUGCGCCGCCCCCACCUCCUCCUCCGCUCGCCCCACCGCUGAUCAACGAGAACCUGAGGAACUCGCUCUCGCCGGCCACACAGAGGAAGUUGGGAGACCGGGCGCUGCCAGUCCAGGAGAAGAACUCGCGGGACCAGCUCCUGGCAGCCAUCCGCUCCAGCAACCUCAAACAGCUCAAGAAGGUGGAGGUACCGAAGCUGCUGCAGUAG